GGAAUGGAUGUCCGUCGGAGACCAUCUAAAAGAGGUUCCUCCCUCCGUCGAUCUCCUUCCCCUGCCCCUAAAGCUUCUGAUGCCCUCCCCCUCCCUUUAUACCUUACCAACGGCAUUUUCUUCACCCUCUUCUUCUCUGUCGCCUAUUACCUUCUUCACCGCUGGCGUGACAAGAUCCGUAACUCUACCCCUCUCCACGUCGUCACUCUCUCCGAACUCGCUGCCAUUCUCUCUCUCAUUGCCUCUUUCAUUUACCUCUUAGGUUUCUUUGGCAUUGAUUUCGUACAAUCCUUUAUUGCCCGUGCUUCUCACGACGCUUGGGAUAUUCAAGACCAAGACCAUUCCCCCGCAACAUUUAUGGAUCCUCUUCCUUCUCAAGACGACGACGACCACCUUGUUAAAUCUGUUGUUUCUGGUGAAAUCCCUUCUUAUUCCCUUGAAUCUCGCCUUGGGGAUUGUUAUAGAGCCGCUUCUAUUCGGCGUGAAGCUGUGCAGAGGCUUACUGGGAGGUCUCUCGAUGGGUUACCGCUUGAGGGCUUUGAUUACCAGUCCAUUUUAGGCCAGUGUUGUGAGAUGCCUAUAGGGUAUGUUCAGAUUCCAGUUGGGAUUGCUGGGCCUUUGUUGCUUAACGGAUGUGAGUACUCUGUUCCCAUGGCGACUACAGAAGGGUGUUUAGUUGCCAGUACUAACAGGGGUUGUAAGGCUAUAUAUGCUUCUGGUGGAGCUACAAGUGUCCUUUUUAGGGAUGCCAUGACAAGGGCUCCCGUUGUCAAGUUCCCGACGGCUAGUAGGGCGUCCGAAUUGCUGUUUUUCUUGGAAGAACCUGCUAAUUUUGAUACCUUAGCCGUGGUUUUCAACAAAUCGAGCAGAUUUGCCAGGCUCCAGAAGAUUCAGUGCUCACUUGCAGGGAGAAAUCUUUACAUCAGGUUCAGCUGUGGCACUGGGGAUGCCAUGGGAAUGAACAUGGUAUCAAAGGGUGUUCAGAACGUUCUCGAGUUUCUUCAGGAUGAGUUCCCAGACAUGGAAGUAGGUGGUAUAUCUGGGAAUUUCUGUUCUGAUAAGAAGCCUGCUGCUGUGAACUGGAUUCAAGGGCGUGGAAAGUCAGUUGUAUGUGAAGCAAUGAUUUCUGGAGAAGUGGUGGAGAAAGUAUUGAAAACUUCUGUAUCUGCUCUUGUAGAGCUGAACGUGAUCAAGAAUCUUACCGGCUCUGCUAUUGCUGGCGCUCUCGGUGGGUUUAAUGCCCAUGCUGCCAAUAUUGUCUCUGCCAUUUUCAUUGCCACUGGGCAGGAUCCGGCACAAAAUAUAGAGAGUUCUCAUUGCAUUACCAUGAUGGAGGCUAUCAAUGAUGGGAAGGAUCUUCACAUAUCCGUCACCAUGCCGUGCAUUGAGGUUGGUACCGUUGGUGGUGGGACUCAACUUGCUUCUCAAUCCGCGUGCCUGAAUCUGCUCGGUGUUAAGGGCGCAUGCAGAGAAGCCCCUGCAUCGAACUCGAGGCUCCUGGCAGCCAUAGUGGCCGGUUCUGUUUUGGCUGGGGAGCUGUCACUGAUGUCUGCCAUUGCAUCUGGCCAGCUUGUUAAAAGCCACAUGAAAUAUAACAGAUCAAGCAGGGAUAUGAGCACGGUUACCUCAUAGAGUCUUGAAAUUAUUAGCAAGUUCCUUGCAAAUCAACUUGAAAGAUAUGCGAGGAGACUAGAAGUUUAAGUUGAAACCGAGGUGUGGGGUGGAGCAAGCAACGCACAUCUGCUUCUGCAGUCCGCGUUAGCUGUAACUUUUUUUGGAAGCAUGUGAGUUCAGGGAAGGCGAACACGGUUGACUUUACUUCAGUGUCCCCGCUGAAGCAUUAUCCAAGUUGUAUUUUGUUACCCAAUCUUGCUUAUCCCCUCUUGAUCAGUAUUUGUUCUCACUUUUCAGCAUUGGUGUAUUGUUGUUUCUGCGAUGUUCUGCAGUUUUGGUAUUUGUUAUUAUUUCAUUGUACAGUUUGGUAAUGUGUAAGUACCAAGUGAAGGAAUUUGUCAGUUUCGCUCAA